GAUUCAUCAGUUGCUUGUUAUAAGGGCAGUAGCUUCCAUUGAUGUGGAAGGAUUACUCUUCCUGCGUCUCCCCACUGUGACCCCAUGGAUACAAGUGGCAAUGCAGAAUAAACUCAGUGCUCCUGUGUGAUGUAAUCCUGGCAGCAACUUUAACUCAGACAAGAACUGAUCGAAGGGGAGGUAUGGAGACAAGGAUAUGGAGAGAUGGGACCAUGGUAAAGGCAGGUGGCACCCUGACCAAUACGGUGGAACCUGAGUCAGUUCUGCCAGAAGACAAGGCUCUGGAUGUGGCUGACAUUGUGGUCCUGGUUUUGUAUUUGCUUUUUGUCUUGGCAGUAGGACUCUGGUCCAUGUACAGGACAAAGAGGAACACAGUAAAGGGCUAUUUCCUUGCUGGGAAGGACAUGGUGUGGUGGCCGAUCGGAGCCUCGCUCUUUGCCAGUAAUGUGGGAAGUGGUCAUUUCAUUGGAUUGGCUGGGACUGGGUCAGCUUCCGGUAUCGCAGUGAGUGCGUAUGAAUUCAACGCAAUGUUCAUUCUAAUCCUGCUGGCCUGGUUCUUCCUGCCCAUUUACAUUGCAGCUGAGGUGAAUACCAUGCCUGAAUACUUACGGAAACGCUUUGGAGGACAGAGAAUCCGACUUUUUAUUGCAAUUCUCUAUUUGUUCAUCUACAUAUUUACAAAGAUAUCAGUGGAUAUCUAUGCAGGAGCUGUCUUUAUUCAACAAGCUCUCCAUUGGGAUUUGUACAUCGCAGUGAUCGGGUUGUUGCUCAUCACCACCCUCUACACUGUUGGAGGUGGGCUGGCAGCUGUAAUAUACACCGAUGCACUCCAGACUGUCAUCAUGUUGAUUGGAGCUCUAAUUCUUAUGGGAUAUGCUUUCGUUGAAAUUGGAGGUUACUCGGGUCUCCAGGAGAAAUAUUUCCAUGCCAUUCCAAGUGUCCGUGACCUCAACACCUCCUGUGGCUAUCCAAGGGAAGAUGCUUUCCACAUUUUCCGGGAUCUCUUGACCUCUGACUUUCCUUGGCCAGGAGUACUGAUUGGAAUGACAAUCCCAUCAAUCUGGUAUUGGUGCACUGACCAGGUCAUUGUCCAGAGGUCCCUAUCUGCCAGGACACUCCUACAUGCCAAAGCUGGAUCGUUGUUUGCUGCCUGCUUAAAGGUUCUACCCAUCUUUAUAAUGGUUAUCCCGGGUAUGAUCAGCCGAGUGCUAUUUACAGGUAAGUGGAGGUGUUUGGUGAUUUGCCAUGUACCACAUUCCUGCAGAUCAUCAACUCUUACUUCCACUGUAACUCUCUUUUUAGAUCAUGUGGCCUGUGCUGAUGCUGACUCCUGCCAAAGGAUCUGCGGUAACCCGAUCGGUUGCUCUGACAUUGCCUACCCAAAGCUGGUAAUGGAGUUACUACCAGGAGGGCUGCGGGGCCUGAUGAUGUCAGUCAUGGUCGCUGCUCUCAUGUCCUCCCUCACUUCGAUCUUCAACAGUGCAAGCACAUUAUUUACAAUGGACAUCUGGCACCACAUCCGGCCCCACUGCAGCGAAUGGGAGCUCAUGGUUGUUGGCAGGAUCUUUGUGCUGGUGCUGGUGGUGUUGUCCAUCCUCUGGAUUCCUCUGGUGCAAAUCAGCCAAGGUGGCCAGCUCUUCAUGUACAUCCAGUCCAUCAGCUCAAACCUGCAGCCACCGGUGGCAGUGAUCUUCAUGGCUGGCUGCUUCUGGAGACGGGCCAAUGAGAUGGGUGCAUUCUGGGGCCUCCUCCUAGGGAUCCUGGUGGGCUGCUGUCGAAUGAUUUUGGAUUUUAUUUAUCCCGAGCCUAUGUGUGGCCAACCUGAUAAACGGCCGCUGAUCACCAAACAUGUUCAUUACCUGCACUUCUCCAUUCUCCUCACUGUCUUCACACUGAUCACCGUGGUAGUCAUCAGUCUUUGUACUGCACCUCCAGAGCCUGACAAGAUUAGCCGUUUGACCUGGUUCACCCGUUUCGAUGUGACCAAUUCUGAGGCAAGCCAGAGUGAAACAGUUGCUCCAAGUCUUGGGGAGAAACGGUCUGAAGGAGAUAACAAGAACCAUGAGGGAAUCAGCAAAAGAAGCCAAUUUACCCUGUCAACAGAGCAAUGUGAAGAAUUUAAGGUUGAAUCAGAGGAAAUCACCAACAUGUGCCACGUCAGCAACUCAGCAGGUGAAUCGGAGAAGCAAAGAUCAAAGCUGGUUUCCUUUCUGCUGUGGUUCUGUGGGAUGGAUAAGAGGGAAGAAGCAGAGAGUUCUGCACCAACUGAAACUCCAGACCACCCACAAUUGCACACAGAGGACUCUCAAAAGCAUUAUCUCAUUAAUGUUAGUUUAAUUGUCUGCUUGAGUGCUGCUGUGUUUCUCUAUGCUUACUUCGCUUAAAAUAAUCAAAUGAUGUAAUAUUUCUUACAUUUAUACUACAGUAAAACUGUUACAAUUCUAAAAA